CCACCAAGCAUAAACACGAUCACAAAAGGAAAACGCGUAGUACGUAGGCAAAGCAGCUUCGGUUUCGAAUCGUUGUGUCUUUCCUUUCGCUCACCGGUAAGAUCUUUAAUUACCUGUGAAUUUUGAAGGAGAGACAGAAGUAAGCACCAAUUUGAAAGUUCUAGGGUUUUGGUUCUUCUCUGAUUCAUUACUCAAUUUUAUAUUUUGUCUUGAUUCAUUAUCAUCAUCUUUCUUUGAUUUCUGUUAUUGAUUUUUGUUCUUUUUGAACUUCUUUUGGUUGGCAUACUUGAUUAGGUUUUUUUGUAGGAGAAAUAUUGGGGAAAUAGUAUAUUGUAUUUUAAGAAUUAGGGAUACGUUUUAUUAUUGAAUAUUUGAGUGUUUGGGAUUGGUUACCAUUUUUUUUUGUUUAUUAUUUUUUGGGUUUGAUUUUUGAUUGAGAAGAGUUGUGGUGUUAAUAAUAUGGCGGCAGGGCGUACCAAUGUUUCCAAGAGAAGAAAGAGUAAUUGUUAUGGUUACUCCAAAAAAGAAAAUUUUCAUUACAGAAACGGUACUCGUGAUCCCAAAGUGAGUUGGGAUUGGGUUGACCACAAGGAUAAACAGGUCUCCGAGUACUUGUUGAAUAGGCGAAAUUCUGGCCCAAAACGUGGUGAAGCCAGGUGUGAAGAUGCUUGUCGUAAGAGUGGUGAAGCCUCAAAAUGUGAUGAUGGGAUUCAGUUGCCUCCCGAGAAGAAAAGGAAGUUUUCACCCAUCAUUUGGGAUCUAGAUGAAAAGAAAGGGGAAAUUUCCUCUAAGAACAUCAUUGCACCUACCGGUACUGCUUUACCAUCUCUGAAAUCUUCAGUGCGUGUGGUUAGUGAGGUGCCUAAUGUUGUUUCUGAUGGGGUUUUUGUGAAAAGCCCCUUGUUGGAAAAUAAAGCUAAAGGGUUGGACUUCUUUUCAGAGAAGUCUCUUGCUGAUGGUGGUUCAGUGGGGGCUAUUGAGUCUGAGUUGCCAGGGGAGUUGUCUCCAUUGCCUCAAGAUAUUGGGUUUGAUGACCAGGUUCAGUCAGAGUUGGAAGAGUUUGUUCAAGUGCAGAAUACAUCAACAUCACGCUGGGCAUCUGACAGUGAUUUGGAGAUUAUAUCUCUGUCUGAUGGUGAAGAUGCACCUGAUAAGGGAGAAGAGGCUUCAAAGAGGUCUACUCCUGAGAGUGGAGAGUUUUGUAGAGAAAACUCUGAAGAUGGGGCCAGAUUGUCGGAAUCUGAUGUUAUAGAUGGGGAGCGUUCUUCUAAAGAUGAAUAUUCUGAAAACGAGUUGGAGCUUGAUGAUGCCUUGGAUGUUGAUGAUAUGCAUGCUGAGGAUAUUGCUGUUGAGGAGUCUACUAUUUCUGGACAAAGAUGUAAUAACAUGCUUCAGAGUUGUAGACAUGUGCUUGAAUAUGAGUAUCUCAGCAAAGUAAGUGAAGGCACAUAUGGCGUUGUGUACAAAGCCAGGGAUAAGAAGACAGGAGAAAUUGUGGCAUUGAAGAAAGUGAAGAUGAAUGUUGGUAGGAAAGAAGAUUAUUUAGAAUACGGUUUUCCUACUUCAUCUUUGAGGGAAAUCAAUAUUCUCUUGUCUUUUAAUCACCCUUCAAUUGUGAGGGUUAAGGAAGUCGUUAUGGAUGACUUUGAUAGUGUUUUUAUGGUCAUGGAGUACAUGGAACAUGACCUAAAGGGGUUAAUGGAGUCAAUGAAGUUCCGUUUUAGUACUAGUGAUGUCAAAUGGUUGAUGCUACAGCUUUUGGAGGGUGUCAAGUAUCUGCAUGACAAUUGGAUUCUUCACAGGGAUUUGAAAACGUCAAAUAUUCUUUUGAACAAUCGUGGUGAGUUAAAAAUUUGUGACUUUGGGAUGUCACGCCAGUAUGGAAGCCCACUUAAGCCAUAUACAUCAAUGGUGGUUACUCUAUGGUACAGGGCUCCUGAACUUCUGCUAGGAGCAAAGAAGUAUUCGACAGCAGUUGACAUGUGGUCAGUGGGUUGCAUAAUGGCUGAAAUGCUAGCCAAGAAACCACUAUUCAGUGGGACAAGUGAAGCUGAUCAGAUUGACAAGAUAUUCAAAACCCUUGGCACGCCAACUGAGAAAGAUUGGCCUGGAUUAUCUCAACUACCAGGACUAGCCAAAGCAAAAUUUGUUAAGCAACCGUAUAAUUUGUUGCGGAGAAGGUUUCCUGCCACAUCGUUCAUAGGAUCUCCAGUUCUUUCCGAGUCGGGAUUUGACUUGUUAAAUAAACUUCUGACUUACAAUCCUGAUCAGCGGAUAAUAGUUGAUGAAGCCCUCAAUCAUGAUUGGUUUCGCGAAGAUCCUCUUCCCAAGUUCAAUCAUAUCUUCAGCCCACAGCAUGCUCAGAAUAGAUAGGUGGCCAGUUUCUGAGACAACUAGACGUGGCAAACAACCAAAGAAAAAUUUGGCCAGUUUUGGUUCCUUUCUCUUGGUAGUUUCAUCUCAAAUUUUGUUAACUCAGCAAUCAGCAUACAAUGAAAACUUACGUGAACCAACUUUAUUCAAGCUUGAUUGAUUAUGGAGACUCAACUAACCCUCAUUGUAAAUAGAAAUGUAAUUGUGACAUUCAGCAUGCAGAAAAUAAAAAGGAGAAAAAGAAAAAGGUUAUUCCAAUUCAAAUGCA